AUGACACCCUCACAAACCGUUGUCCAGUCCAUCAGCAUCCUCGGAAAGCGCAAAGCUUCACAACGCUCAAAAUCACUGGUGAUACACCUAUCGUCUGACGCAGGCUCUAGCUAUGAAGAACUUGAAUCAGAUCAUUCCAAUACCCCGAAACCGUCGACAAGCAGGUCGGCCGUAAUGAUGGUCAAUGGCACCUUGCAGAUGUGCCCCAAGAGGCGGUACCAGUGCACGUUUGAAGGAUGUGAAAAGGCGUAUACGAAGCCCUCGCGACUGGAAGAGCAUGAACGGUCUCAUACUGGUCUGCGACCGUUCGUUUGCGAGACGUGCCAUAAAUCGUAUCUCAGAGAGAGCCAUCUCCACGCGCACGCAAGGAGUCAUCUUCCUGAAUCAGAGAGGCCUUUUCUUUGCGAUUCAGGCAGUUGUAGAAAGCGUUUCUGGACGUCGCAGCAUCUCCAAGCUCAUCUCCAACUCCACACCGGAGAAAAGCCGUUCAAAUGCUCUGAAGUAGACUGCGAAGAGGCUUUUGCCAAGCACCAUCAACUUAGAACGCAUAUGUGCACCGUGCACGCCCCGCCUGGCACCAAACCAUACCAAUGUAGCCAUGCGGACUGCAGUAAAUCUUUCUCCACUAGCCAAAAGCUACGUGCACAUGCCAAGACACACGACGACAAACGAUACAUGUGCGCCCACCCAAACUGUUUGUCCCCCACCUCCACCCCGAGAUAUUUCAGCACUUGGACGGCUCUGCAGCACCACACGCGCGUCGACCACCCCCCAACAUGCACUCACCCCUCUUGCAAUGGCAGACUAUUUACCUCUCAAAAAGGUCUGCGCGCACACCAGAUGCUACACGAGGAACGCGACGCAGAGGCGAGGUUGGGUGCAGAAGUGCAUAAUGAUUCUGACGCAGAGGACUCGGAUAGUGAAGCGCCCCCGCGCAAGAAGCGAAGAGGAGGGGAGCUGGGGAGGGACUGGAAAUGCGAUGUCGAUACCUGUGACAAGAGCUUCAAAUCCAAAAAGGCGAUGACGACACAUAUCAAAGUCAACCAUCAAGGACGGCGGGACUUCGUCUGCCCCCACUCUGCCUGCAAGAGGGCCUUCGGGUAUAAACACCUCCUCCAGCGCCAUCUCGCGAAGAUACACAAAGCCUCCGGUGAUUCCACGAGCUCAGAGGCCGAGGAAACGGAGGCCGAUGGACAUGCCCGUGCACACGAAUCGGACGUCCUGUUGGAUAUCGAUGCGGUCACUGGGAACAGCUACUCGAAACGCGCCGCGGAGAAGGUGGAGACGGCGAAAGCGCUGAGAUGUCCCCACCCUCACUUGCAGGGAUUGGGACUUCUUGACACCGCUCUUGCUACUAUACUGGAGUCAGAGUCUUCGUGCGAGUAUGUGUUCUCGCGCGCGUAUGACCUUCGUCGUCAUCUACGGGCUAACCAUGGAAUUGAGUUGGAGAAAGACGUCGUUGAUAAGUGGGUGCUGAAGCAGAAGACCACUUCUCGAAAUAUCCUUCAGUAG